AAGUCGUUGUGGCUUCCUGUGUUGGCGGUGCUGAGGCGCGGGGUGACAGUUGGAGUGGCCCUGCUGUGACCCGAGCAACCGCAUCCCGGAGAGCAGUGGUGACAGGAGUGGAGGGCCUUCAUGAUGAGAAUGAUUGAGAGCAUUGACUCUGUGGUUACCAGGCCCAGUGAGGACCUCUGGGCUGAAAUCUGCUCGUGUCUGCCACGUCCGGACCAGAAGGAUGAUGUCAGUGAGGCCUUCACCGACUCAUUCCUGGAUUCCUACACCAACGGAGGAAGCCAGGGCAACGGGGUCCCUUCCCAGCCGAACCCAAAGCCCUGGGCACCCCUGAACGACUCAGAGGUGUAUUUAGCAUCCCUAGAGAGAAGGCUGAUGAGAAUUAAAGGUUUGUCUCAAGAGGUGACCUCCAAGGACAUGCUGCGUACUCUAUCGCAAGCUAAGAAGGAAUGCUGGGACAGGUUCCUCCAGGAGAAGUUUGAGUCUGAAUUUUACAUAGAGGGACAUGAAUCUGAUGAGAGCACGCUGGAGCAUCUAAAGAGAUGGCUGCAACCUGAUAAAGUGGCCAUCAAUACUGAAGAGGUACAGUACCUCAUCCCUCCAGAAUCACAGGUAGAGAAACAGGAGACUGAAGAAGAGCGUCCAGCUGCUGAGCAGUGAGGUAUGCAGCAGCCAUGCUGCAGAGCUGCCUCUUGUCCAACCCUGAUGGAGCUGUGUGCAGCGACAGUAAUGAUAGGAAGAGGGUGGGGGUAAGUAAUUGGUGCCAGUUGUCAGUCAUUUAAAGACAAUGAAAUGAAAUCCAACAACAAAACAGCGCUGGAUCUCCAAGGAUAUUGACUGGUGGUUGUUGUGGACAAGAGCGGAACAGAAUAUGCUGAACUGAAACCCUUUUUUGAUUGUAGUCCCAUUGUAGUCCCAGUGUGUAGCAACCAAAUCGUUCUGGCAUGAAUGUGAAUUGUUUGUAACUCAUCAGGAGGUGUACUGAACUAUAGGGAAAAAAAAAACAAAACAACAGAACAGUUGUUUAGAAGCAUCAAAAACAUAAUGGUCUAGAAUAGAAACAGAUAAAACAAGCCACUGAAUCAGUUUUUGUACUUGUCUUGUACCUUCUUUAUUACUAACUUGGUCUUUUUUCUUUCUUUCUUACAAAGUCCAUUGUGUUGUUUUUUUUAUCAGACUUCACUAUUUAUGAGUUGUCUCUGAGCUUUACCCAAAGGAGGACAGAGGUUGUUCACCUGUCUAAAUUUGGAAUCCUAAGGGAAGCUGUCACUGCAAUUGUUAAAUUGAUCACAGUAUUGAGAUUGUAGCAACAGAAGGCUUGGUAACAUUCUUCUCCUUGUAGUGUUCCCUCCAAGAAUGUCCCACUUGAUUGGCCAUCCAAACUGUUUCAGAGUGGACCGGAGGAGGAGUAUUUUUAUUGUUGGUCACUUUGUACCUGUUCUCAUUUCCUUCAGCCUCUCCCAGAAAGGGUCAGGUGAGAUCCUGCAUCAGGAAAACAAAGAGUGAUAACCGAGAGGCUACAAAUAGCUUGUUUUCAUCACAAACGAGCACAAAAUUACCUACGUUAAAAAUAUUCUAGCAUAUAUAUUUCAUUCUGUUUAACUCUGCAGGGGGUUGUUUCCCAUUUUUAGUCAAUAAAAGAAUCUGUAGUCAUGUGUAAGACCGAUGCUUCUUUAAGCUGUGCUUUGUCUUGGUGUUGACGCUAAAGGUCGAUAGAGGGAAGCAGUGUACAUCUCCUGUCAGAUAAAGCUCUUUCGACGGAAAUUGGAGGGGUAGUUCUAGUAGCUUAAGCACAUUAGAUUGUUCAUUAUGUAUGAAAUUACAUUUUUAAAAGGAGCUUAUCACGUUCAUUGUUUCCUGUCUCUGUUCAGUUAUAAACGUGCUGUUGUUUUAUUCACUGCUGGCUGUUAUUCUGUUGCUGCUUCUUCAGUGUCAUGACUGGGUGUUUGCCCACACCAUUAGCUUUGUGCUGUAACCACCCACUGCAGCCUCACCGUUCUCUGAAGCAGUCACACAUAAUUCUCCAUUAGAACAAACGUGAACAUUUGAGAAACACGGUGAGUCACCUGAAUGUCAAUGAUACAAGGCUCACAAAGCUUUGGUGUUGUUGAAACGGAUUCCUUUGUCAUCUUUUAAAUGCCCCUAUUAAUUUAUCUCUAAGAAUAAGUCUGCUUUUCUGUAUUCAGAUACAGUGCUGUAAAUGCCAUCUCUCACCUGUGCUGUCAAGCUAUAAUGAAGGCACUUCCGAGCAUUUAUCAGAAAUUGAAUGUGCAAAGAGAGAAAGAUGCAAUUUCUUUUUCUGUACCCAGGCUAUUUUGCAGUCAAUACAUUUCCUUCUUGUGAUUAGCAGUGACUGAAGAUGCUUUAUAUUACAUUGUCUAUUGCCAUUAAAGUUAUUUGAGC